GACGUUUGUCCAACAAAGAAAUUAAAAGCGCCCGAAGACACUUUAAGAAGAAUACAAAAGAAAAUAGCUUUUGCUGAAAAGAAACGGGCUUCAUCUUUGGAAAAUAAUGAGGCUGGCUCAAUUCAAAAUGGAAAUUCGUCUUCAGGAGAACAAGCAUCGCCAUUGCCAACGAGAGAAAUUGAUUCUCAUGACUGGGUUGAUGAAUUUCGCAAAAGAUACAACACCAAAAAUUCCGGCAAUGGCGAUUUUGAAACGGAAUGGUACAUGGCAUCGGAUAUAUUUCGGCAGGUCGCUAUUGCAUAUUCAAAUGAUAUGUAA